AUGGACUCUGCCAAGACCAAAGCCGCGGCGGGGCUGAAGGAGUUUGCCGGGAAGACGCUGGGCCAUGUGUACAGGGUGCUGGAGAGGAAGCAGGGCGGCGGGGAGGUGAUCGAGCUGACGGAGGACGGGAGGCCCUCGCAGGCCCCGCAGAGGAAACCCCCGCUGUGCGACUGCCGCUGCUUCGGCCUGCCCCGCCGCUACAUCAUCGCCAUCAUGAGCGGCCUGGGCUUCUGCAUCUCCUUCGGCAUCCGCUGCAACCUGGGCGUGGCCAUCGUGGGCAUGGUCAACAACAGCACCGUGCACCAGAACGGCAAGAUCGUCAUCAAAGAGAAAGCCAAGUUUAACUGGGACCCGGAAACGGUGGGCUUGAUCCACGGGUCGUUCUUCUGGGGCUACAUCGUGACGCAGAUCCCGGGGGGCUACAUCUCCUCCAGGCUGGCUGCCAACAGAGUGUUCGGGGCAGCCAUCGUGCUGACGUCGACCCUGAACAUGUUCAUCCCCACGGCUGCUCGGGUUCACUACGGCUGUGUGAUCUUUGUCCGGAUCCUGCAGGGGCUGGUGGAGGGAGUGACCUACCCGGCCUGUCAUGGCAUAUGGAGUAAAUGGGCCCCUCCACUGGAAAGGAGUCGACUGGCCACCACCUCAUUCUGUGGCUCCUACGCUGGUGCUGUCAUAGCCAUGCCUCUGGCUGGGAUCCUGGUGCAGUAUUCUGGCUGGUCCUCUGUCUUUUAUGUCUACGGAUGCUUUGGGAUCGUGUGGUACUUGUUCUGGGUCUUGGUCUCGUACGAGAGCCCCGCCGAGCACCCGACCAUCACCGAUGAGGAGCGCUGCUACAUCGAGGAGAGCAUCGGAGAGAGUGCCAAGCUGAUGGGCCCCGCCGAGAAAUUCAAGACCCCCUGGAGAAAGUUCUUCACCUCCAUGCCUGUCUAUGCAAUCAUUGUGGCCAACUUCUGCAGGAGCUGGACGUUCUACCUGCUCCUCAUCAGCCAGCCUGCAUACUUUGAGGAGGUGUUCGGCUUUGAGAUAAGCAAGGUUGGCAUGCUGUCUGCUCUCCCUCAUUUGGUGAUGACCAUCAUCGUGCCCAUCGGGGGGCAGCUGGCUGACCACCUUCGCAGCAAGAACAUCCUGUCCACCACCACCGUCAGAAAGAUCAUGAACUGUGGGGGAUUUGGCAUGGAAGCCACAUUGCUGCUGGUAGUGGGAUACUCCCACAGCAAAGGGGUGGCCAUCUCCUUCCUAGUCCUCGCGGUGGGCUUCAGUGGAUUUGCUAUAUCAGGGUUCAACGUUAACCAUUUGGACAUCGCCCCACGCUAUGCCAGUAUCCUCAUGGGUAUCUCUAAUGGGGUGGGGACUCUGUCCGGGAUGGUGUGUCCCCUGAUUGUUGGAGCCAUGACAAAGAACAAGAGUCGCGAGGAGUGGCAGUACGUAUUCCUGAUCGCCUCCCUGGUGCAUUAUGGGGGUGUGGUGUUCUACGGGCUCUUCGCGUCGGGAGAAAAACAGCCGUGGGCUGACCCAGAACUGACCAGCGAGGAAAAGUGCGGCUUCAUCGACGAGGACGAGCUGGCCGAAGAGACGGGCGACAUCACCCAGGGUUACGGCGCUUUGGGAGCCCCAGCCAAGUCCUACGGCGCUACCACGCAGGUGAACGGCGGCUGGCCCGGCGGCUGGGAGAAGACGGAGGAAUACGUCCAGCAGGAGGCGCAGGGAGGAGGGUACGGCUACAGACAGGAUGAGGGCUACUCUUAG